AUGAAGGCAUUGCUAGUGGCGGUUCUCGGCGCAAUGAUCCUGACACCAGGCGCACUGGGACAUCAGGUUCACGGAAUUCUCCUCGUCAAUGGCACUGCAUCUCCGGAAUGGAAAUACAUUCGCGAAGUUUCUGUCCUUGAUGGCGUCUCGCUGGAUAAGCUUGAAACGUGGGACGGUUGGAACUACUUCAAGACAAUCCCACAGGAGGACAUCGACAACCCAAACAUUACUUGCGGCAGGAAUGCGUUCGAUUCGGCCAACAAAACCGAGACGGCCACGGUGCUGGCUGGUUCUGAGGUCGGAUUCCGCGUUUCGCGUGAUUACUCGAGGACAUGGAGAGAGGGCGCCGAGUUCGUCCACCCAGGUCCUGUCCAGAUUUACCUCUCGCGGUCUCCCAACGACGACUUGGAGGACUACCGAGGUGAUGGCGACUGGUUCAAGAUUGCCUACGGGGGCCCUGUCUCCAACACCGGAUGGCUGCUGUAUUGGAGGACUUAUGGCACGACCGGGGGCGGGCUACAUGAAUUCAACUUUACCGUCCCCGCGACCACACCGCCAGGCAGGUACCUGAUGCGCAUCGAGCAAUUCAUGCCUACCUCAACCACAAAUUACUCGCAGUGGUUUGUCAACUGCGCCCAUGUCAACAUUGUCGGCCCCGGUGGCGGUGUACCGACCGGAUUUGCCAAGUUCCCUGGUACAUACCAUCGGAAUGACCCAGGCAUCUUCAUCCCAAGAAACCAGGAAGUCUUCUCCGGUCUGCCAGCAGAGGAGAUGCGAUUGCUUGAGUACAAGCCCCCUGGACCGGAGGUAUGGACUGGUUAG